UUACUCAUCCACUUGCUAACAAACUUUAAAAGAAAUAUCAAGAAAAUACAAAAAAAAUGGUGUCCAAAACAGUUUUCAUUUUCUGCGCGCAAGCCUUAUUCAUCCAGUGCAUAACAGCUUACGUCUGCGAACCAAAAGUCUACGAAGAGCCAUGUACAAGAUCUCUAGCUUUCAACCCGGCUUCACUCGCCGCGUCCAACGGAGGAAGCUUCACGAUCACAAGCUCAUCGCCUAUCUCGCCAACCGGCGUUACCAUGAAAUCAGAUAACGCUUACGAAGGUCCCGUGAAUGUUGGCGGAGAAAUUCCUUUCCUCGGUGCUGUAGAGGUCGAUGGCGCGUUACCUACAGCAGGUGCAGGAGGCAUUUCAUACGGGUGCGGCAAUGGAAACGUAGCUAUACUUAGUGAGAAUUUGAACGGGAACAGAGUGGGUUAUGGCGCGGGUUAUGGCCUGGGGUACGGUACAGGGUACGGGUAUGGACCAGUGUAUAAGGGGUGCGCUUAAAUAUAGAUAAUUUUUAGUUA